GCGCAUCCCGUGUUUAGUUUCGUCCAAACCUGAGGAGCUGUCUAGUGUCGCUGCUGCGCUAGCAAAUCCAUCGCUUCAAGCUCUUGUCAUGUUUGUGAGAGAAACAACGGCGUCUGCUUUUUUUUAAUUUUUAUUUUUAUUUAUUCUCAACAACAAGGCGACACCACCACCACCGCGACACGUUGCUGUCUACGUCUGAAGCUGUUUGAAUAGACCGGCAGGACGAACCAACGGUUGAAAGUAGUCGCUCCAACGGUCGGCAGGGAUAGCCUUCCACAUCCAUGUUGACUGCGGCAGCCUCGGCUCGCUGGGUCCCGGGCUACGAACACCGCAUCCCCCCCUUUUUGUUCUAAGAAACCAGAACCAGCUUAAUUUUUUUUUUUUUUCUGUUUGUUUUUUUGAAGGACCGUUGUGUGUUACAUUCUACAUCCCCUGUUCCAGUGUAAAAGGAUUGUUUACGCGUUAAAAUGGCUGCUCUUUGAAUCAAUGCAGUAACGUUACAUUUUACCCCCUCUUAGCCCAGAGAGGCCAGGCUGUAACGCUAACAGAAAGAUGCAUUAGCUCGUUACUUAGCUGCUGAGGUAGCGUUACUCGAUGGUUUUUGGUAGCUUCUUCCAACAAGAGGUAGGGUGAAGGGACAUUCCUCCCCACCAAAAGCUAUUUUUUUUUCUUCUCUUAGCCAUUUUGAGCAGGCUUUUAUUUUGAAGUAUGCUUACCCCUCAACGAAUAUGCAGGACUUUGUUGUUAGAAUAAAAACAGCCUGAGUAGCCGAAAGCAGACCUACUGUAAAAGGCCCCGGCUUUGGUCGGGUUAAAACAACAAAACAUGGAUCCUGGAGGUAAAUGUAAGACCAAACUCUUUCUUUUUGGACCCAAACUAGCCACCAACGGUGAUCUACGGGGUAUCAACAGAUACCUGGUGGUCUACGUGUUGUUUUACUUCGUGCUGUUCACUCACGCCUCCCCGGCGAAACCGUGUGACAAGAGUUGUCUCUCUGGAAAAUGCAUCAACGGAUCAUGCGUCUGUGACCGAGGAUGGGUUGGAGAUCAGUGCCAGCACUGCCAAGGGAGGUUCAAGUUGACGGAGCCCUCAGGAUACCUCACAGAUGGUCCAAUCAACUACAAAUACAAAACAAAGUGCACCUGGCUCAUUGAGGGCUAUCCAAAUGCAGUUCUUCGGUUAAGAUUUAACCACUUUGCUACAGAAUGUAGUUGGGACCAUAUGUACGUCUACGACGGAGACUCGAUAUAUGCUCCUCUGGUUGCUGUUUUCAGCGGACUCAUCGUGCCAGAGAUACGAGGAAACGAGACGGUUCCUGAGGUGGAGACAACUUCAGGCUAUGCACUACUACACUUUUUCAGCGACGCUGCCUACAACUUAACAGGAUUUGAAAUCUUUUACUCGAUCAACUCUUGUCCCAACAACUGCUCCAGCCACGGGAAGUGCACGCCUGGUAACUCGGCCGCCAGCAGAGUGUACUGUGAAUGUGACAAGUACUGGAAAGGCGAGGCCUGCGACAUCCCAUACUGCAGGAACAACUGCGGCAGCCCGGACCACGGCUACUGCGACCUCACCGGGGAGAAGCUGUGUGUCUGCAACGACAGCUGGCAAGGCCCAGACUGCUCGCUCACCGUACCUUCAACAGAAUCCUUCUGGGUCCUACCGAGCGUCAAGCCCUUCGGCACGUCGCUUGCCAGAGCUUCCCAUAAGGCCGUGGUGCAGGAAAAGGUGAUGUGGGUGGUGGGUGGCUACACCUUCAACUACACCUCCUUCCAGAUGAUCCUCAACUACAACCUUGAGAGCGGCAUCUGGAACACAGUCCCCAUCAACAGUGGCCCCGUGCCAAGAUACGGCCACUCACUUGCUGCCUACCAGGAUGACAUCUAUAUGUUUGGUGGCAAACUGGAGGCCGGUUGGGGGAACGUAACAGACGAGCUGUGGGUGUUCAACGUACCCAGCCGGACGUGGCAGCGGAGAAACCCCGUGGUCGGCCCACCCGCCCAGGCUCAGAUUUACGCUGUGGAGGGUCACUCAGCCCACAGCGUCCUGCUAGACGGCGGCGAGGCCAUUAUGCUGGUCAUCUUUGGCUACUCCCCCAUCUACAGCUACGUCAGCAACGUUCAGGAGUACGACCUGAGGUCCAACACUUGGUUAGUGCCUGAGACCAAAGGUGCCGUCCCUCAGGGAGGUUACGGCCACAGCAGCACGUACGACGUUGCCAGCAGUAGUGUGUAUGUUCACGGAGGGUAUAAGGCGCUGCCGGCCAACAAAUACGGCCUCGUCGAUGACCUCUACCGCUAUGACGUUAACACCCGGACAUGGUUCAUUCUCAGAGAGAGCGGCUUUCCACGCUACCUGCACUCGGCUGCGCUCCUCAGCGGCACCCUGCUCAUCUUUGGAGGCAACACGCACAAUGACACAUCGCUCAGCAACGGGGCCAAGUGUUUCUCUGCCGAUUUCCUCGCCUAUGACAUCGCUUGUGAUGAGUGGAGGCUCCUGCCUAAGCCUGACCUGCACAGAGAUGUCAACCGCUUUGGUCACUCUGCUGUGGUCAGCAAUGGGUCCAUGUACGUGUUCGGGGGUUUCUCUGGUGUGCUGCUCAACGAUGUGCUUGUUUACCGACCCCCCAGCUGCCAGGCCUUCUUGGCAGAGGAGGGCUGCGUGAAGGCUGGCCCAGGGGUCCGCUGCAUCUGGAGCAGAGGCCGCUGUCUUCCCUGGGAACCCAGCAUGGCUAAUGGAAGCCUCAGUCCUGCCCCAUUCUGCCCCCCUAAAGCUGCCACAGUUGACGAGCGCUGCUACCGUUUCUCGGACUGUGCCAGCUGUACGGCCAACACCAAUGGGUGCCAGUGGUGCGAUGACAAGAAGUGCAUCUCUGCCUCUAGCAACUGUACCUCUAACGUUAAGAACUUCACGGAGUGUCCAGUGCGCAACGAGCAGGUGUGCAGCAAGCUUGCCAACUGCAAGAGCUGCUCGCUGAAUCUCAACUGUCAGUGGGACCAGAAUCAGUCAGAGUGCCACGCUUUGCCCGCCCAGCAGUGCAGUGAAGGAUGGAGCCAGGUCGGCGAGGCCUGCCUGAGGAUCAACUCCAGCCGCGAGAGUUAUGACAACGCCCAACACUACUGCAAGAACCUCAACGGAAACAUCGCCUCACUCACCACCUCCAAACAAGUGGACUUUGUCCUGGAGGAGCUAAAGAAGCUACAGCAACAAGACAAGCGGCUGUCUCCCUGGGUCGGCCUGAGGAAAAUCAACGUGUCAUACUGGGGUUGGGAGGACAUGUCACCGUUCACCAACAGCAGCCUGCGCUGGCUGCCCGGUGAGCCCAGUGACUCUGGUUUCUGUGCCUACCUGGAGGAGCCUCAGGUGACCGGUCUUAGAGCCAAUCCAUGUACAGCCACUGCCCACGGCCUCAUCUGUGAAAAAGCCACUGGAAACCCCAAUCAGAGCACACGUCCAUCCUGUAAGAAGCCGUGCUCGCUGCACACCAACUGCGCCAACUGCACCAACCAGGCCAUGGAGUGCAUGUGGUGCGGCAGCGCGCAGCGCUGUGUCGACUCCACCGCCUAUGUCAUUUCGUUCCCCUAUGGCCAGUGUCUGGAGUGGCAGACCGGAGAUUGCGUGGCCCAGAACUGUUCAGGCCUGCGGACGUGUUCCCAGUGCUUGGAGCAGCCCGAGUGUGGCUGGUGCGGAGAUCCCAGCAGCACGGGGAAAGGCCUGUGCAUGGAGGGGUCUUACCGGGGGCCAAUGAAGAGGCCGGUGAAGCAGGGCCAGCAGGGCCAUGCCCAGGACAUGAGCCUGGAGCCGGGCAGCUGCCCCAAAGACAAGGGCUACGAGUGGGCCUUCAUCCAGUGCCCCGCGUGCCAGUGUAACGGCCACAGCACGUGUGUGAACGGCAGCGUGUGCGAACAAUGUCGCAACCUCACCACCGGUCCUCACUGCCAGACCUGCAUGCCUGGUUACCAUGGAGACCCAACAAAUGGUGGCAAGUGCCAGGCCUGCAAGUGCAACGGUCACGCGAGCGUGUGCCAGGUGUUAACUGGAAAGUGCUUCUGCACCACCAAGGGGAUCAAAGGGGACCAGUGCCAGCUAUGUGACUCAGAGAACCGUUACCUUGGCAAUCCACUCAGAGGAACCUGUUACUACAAUCUUCUCAUCGACUACCAGUUCACCUUCAGUCUCAUCCAAGAAGAUGAUAACCACUACACUGCCAUCAACUUUAUGGCCUCACCUGAGCAGGCAAACAAGAACCUGGACAUGUCCAUUAAUGCAUCCAACAACUUCAACCUCAACAUCACUUGGUCGGUGGGAUCAACAGCUGGAACAAUCUCUGGAGAGGAGGUGCCCAUCGUAUCCAAAACUAACAUCAAGGAAUACAGAGACAGUUUCUCCUGUGAGAAGUUCACCUUUAGAAGCAACCCCAAUAUUACCUUUUAUGUCUACGUCAGUAACUUCUCAUGGCCCAUCAAGAUCCAGAUCGCCUUCUCCCAGCACAACAAUAUCAUGGACCUUGUCCAGUUCUUUGUGACGUUUUUCAGUUGCUUUUUAUCACUACUCCUGGUGGCAGCAGUGGUGUGGAAGAUCAAACAGACCUGCUGGGCUUCACGGCGAAGAGAACAACUGAUGAGAGAGCGCCAGCAGAUGGCCAGCCGUCCGUUUGCCUCGGUUGCCGUUGCACUGGAUGCCAGGGGAGAACAAACAGAACUGUUUCAGCCUGUGGUUGACGGUGCACCUAAACCCGUUGCGAUGGAGCCGUGCUCAGGAGGGAAAGCUGCUGUGUUGACUGUCCUCAUGCGUCUGCCGUCUGGGCCCUCAGGCUUACCUCCACCAGGACAGUCAGGAAUCAUCGUUGCCAGCGCGCUCAUAGACAUUUCACAGCAGAAACCAACAGAUUUUAAGGACAAGUCCCAGGCUUUAAAGAACCGAAAAGCCCAUCCUCCGGCACAUCAAGGCACCUGCGUCUGAGUCCCAACACGUCAAUCCAUCGGGUCCCUUUUUUUUUUCUUCUUUUUUUUUUUUAAAUACCAUCUGAGGGUCACAUUGUUCCAAAAUGCCACAGGUCCCAGCUGGAAGCCUUUCCAGUGACUCAAGACGAUGGCGAUUAUGUAAAAGAUUUCAUUUGGCUGCUACCACUCAAGUUUUACUCCUAAACUUGCCAAGUCCCAAGAGCACAACUCUUCUUACCUUUCCUGCCCUCUGCAUAAAUCAAGCUUUUGGGUCAAGAUGAUCAGAAUCAGAAACUUUUUUCCUUCACCUUCUGGGCUCAAAUCUCUUCCCUUCAAGCGUUGGGCAGUCAUCAUGGCAAAAUUGUGCUCAGAGGGAACCUGCCCCGAUUGGCUAUCAAUGACAUCAGAGACCGAUUGAUCAGGAGGAUCUGCGCAUUGAAGCUUCAGUCGUAAAUAUUCGGACACCUCGUCGUCCGUUCACUAAGCAUGAAGGAAAAGGAAAAGUGUCUGUACAUUGUGGCUUAUCUUAAACUGAUUCCCCUCACACUGUAUCACAGACAACGGAGGGUUUUAAAAAAAAAAGGCUGGUAGACAUCCAGCACAUGCUGCCUAUGGGAGUUUUGUUCUUUUUGCUUGCCAACAAGUGGUAUUCUAUGGUGCUAAAGCAUUUUAAGUUUGUAUGACUCUUCACUCAGCCUUCGCUCUAUGGACUGAAUUCAUUCUGCCUUUUUGUGGGGGAAGCUAUGCACUAAGCCGGGACCCCCCCCCUCCCCGUGACCACAUGAUAGUGUUUUUUGACAACUUCAGUAUUAGUAAAAGUCACCAAUUAACAUUAAUGAUCUGUUUUAAGCAUUUACUGUACAUAUGUAUCAUCCACCCAGCUGAAGCUAAAGUCUGUAUCUUGUGUGGAAUACGUACACAAAUGCUGCAGAGACGUGGACAAAGACUGCAUGUGGGGGGGGUAGACUGCAAAACCCAGAGGAGGCACGGACAAAUCAUCAGUCAUCAAAACUAAAGCAUGGAAAUCUCCCAAUCUUAAGUAAAAAAAAAAAAAGUUAGAUGCAUUUUAUUAUCAGACUGGAAGUUUCCUUUGUUACAAAAAUUGUGUUUUUUUUAAUUUUCUCAGUGUUUUCUCUGUUAAUGAAGUUACAAAAAAAAAACACAGAGAAAUCCACUGAAGUUCUGGUCAAUUCUUCACUGUUUAUCGUCUUGCUGUGCGACUUGGACAUAAGGCUAUUUUUCGAACUUACCCUUGGAUUGGUGCGGCGGGUGGAUGCCACAGAGGAGAAAGACGUCUGCGUAAUAAAAUUAGACCAGGGACAUUGUGCUCCUCUGGCUGUUUACUAGUUUGUUUUUGUAAGUUUUUUUAAAAGAGUCCUCUGAAGCUAUGACUUUAUUCCCCCCCAUCUUUGAGUACAAGGAGUUACGUUACCUUUUUUUAUAAUGCCUUGGCUUUCCAUGAGCUCCUGAGGAGGAGGAGGAGGAGGGGGCGCAUGUGUUGAUCUGCAGAAUUUUAAAAGCUGUCGACCAUUUUUAGCCCACGACUCCACCCCUGAGCUGUACAGUGUCUUGUUGGAACAAAAUGUGAGUCUUUGUCACUCUCACCUCUUGAGAUUUCAUGUGUUUGUCAGGUUUUUAUGACAGAAUGGCAAGAGAUUAUCAUUUAUUUUAGGCCUUGUUACUUGUUACUAUUAUAUCUAUGAUAAAUUGUCUUUUGCUACACUUGUGAAAAGAGCAUUUCUGUUAAUAUUUUUUGUUUGUUUUGAUAUUUAACAGAUUCCUGUGUAAUAGCGCAUUUAACUUGAUUUUAUCGUCGGCUUGAAUCAGUCGAUUGAACGUCGGCCCCCUUUUUGAAUCGUGCAUCUUUUUAAAGGACUGUAUGGGCAUUGUCUUUUUGUUGCAAAGUGGUCAUGAUGAUGCAUUUCAUAAGGAUAGUAUGCCAGCUAAUGUGUUUUUUAUUUUGUGUUUUGUAGAGUAAUCCUAUAACGGUGUCAUUACACAGGAAUCAGGGUCUCACUGUACCGUGAAAAAAAAAAAAGAUGAUAAAUUGCAUAUCAGUAAUCUUCAGUGUAUUUUAAAGAUGGACAACAUGCCAGAAAAUAAAAAUAAAAAACAGACCUGGAUAA